AGUUGGUCCAGGAGCGGCCGGCGACCCACAUCGUGGUUCCCUUCUGCCACCUCAAGGCUCCAUCCUCCAGCGCCGCCACACCAGGCGCUCGCUUUACCAUCCUCCCCCAAGCCCCGGCGCGGCACCCUGUCGGUAGGCUGGUGCUCGUGCGCCGGUCGCGGCUCCUGAGGGCCUCCGACGAGGCGGAGCGGGCGAGAGAGCGCGAUGGCGUCGCUGGGGCGGCUCAAGUCCGCCAUCUUCGACAGGGAGGAGAGGAAGAUGCAGUACCAGUCGCACAUCCAGGGGCUCAACGCAUACGAUCGCCAUAAGAAGUUCAUGAAGGAUUACGUUCAGUUUUAUGGCCAUCAGAAAAAUGUGGAUAACAGUCUGCCCAUCAAAACUGAUAAAGAUACAUUGAGAGAAGGAUACAGGUUCAUUCUUUCAGAGGAAGAUGACAUGGAUUCAACUUGGGAGAAGAGGCUGGUCAAACGUUACUAUGACAAGCUUUUUAAAGAGUAUUGCAUUGCUGACAUGACCCAGUAUAAAAAAUGCAAGGCAUGCACCCUUGUAACACAGAAGCGAACAACUAUUAACGAUAUGGCAGUCGUGCAUUUUCAGUGGCAGGAUGAUGAAUGGAUGCCCAACCAGUUUUUUUUCCUUCUAAAAUCAUCUGUAGUUUUGGAUAUGAAUCCCAUCUUACAAGGGUAUAUUCUCCUGCAGAUUGGAUUGAGAUGGAGAACAGAAAAGGAAGUGAUAUCUGGCAAAGGGCAAUUUAUCUGUGGCAGUAGGCAUUGUGAUGAAAAACAUGGGCUAGGUAGUUAUGAGGUGAAUUUUUCUUAUGUUGAGGCAGGGGAGCAGAAACAAGCACUAGUGAAGCUGGUAGCUUGCAAGAGAUGUGCAGAAAAGCUUGCUUAUAAGAGGCUGAAGGAGAAAGAGAAAGAGAAGGAGGGGGAUCCCUACGGUGAAAAGGAAAUUAAGUUGAAAGACAGGGACAAGAGAAAGAGAGAACAUGAAGAAAGUGAUGACACCUCUGAGGAUGAGGCCAAGAAAGAUCGAAGAAAGAAAAAAGAUCGGAAGGGAGCUUCUUCAAGGAGUUCAGGAAACAACGGUGAAGGUUUUGAAGAGUUCCUCGAAGGCAUGUUCCCAUGAUCUGGUUAUCUUAGUGGCCAGAAAAAGUUCUUCCAUGCUCUUUCGGGGAAAAAAAGAGCACGGAUCUUGUAACAAAGCCAUUAGUAGUGGAGUAGCAAAUCGUUGCAAAUCCGACCCUUGAUGUGCUUUGACUACAAGUCAAUGUAGGCGCGCUAUCUGUAAUUAUGUGUGCCCUUGUUUCAUUUUCACAUCGAGAUGCCUGUUACUCUGUUAGUCAAAGAAAAGAUGAAUGUAACUACUCGUGGGUCUACUUUAGUGUUACACUGAAGGAGUGAAGGACAAUUUCAGCAACAUUGACUUCUGUAUCUAUAUCAGUGUUCUGGCUGGAGAGGUUCGGUGAUGAACUUCUGUAUC